GUCACAUGAUCGAAAAGUCAAAAUGGCGGACGGAAGAAAAUCGAUUUUCUUUUUCAUUUCGUUACAAAUUGGCCUUAUUGUGGCCUCUAACCACAUUCCAGUCCUGAUAUGGAGCAACCAAAAAUCAAUGCAAGCUAUUCCAACAGCAUUAGCUGGCCACUCAAUAAAUGCAGAGGACUUCACUAAACAAUACUUAGAACAACUAAUACAAGAGAAAGAACAAAAUCUAGUUGUAUUCAUGCAAGACAAGCUCAGUAUAGAAGACUUCAGUUUAUAUGGAGAUGCAUAUAAUGAGGCAGGCACUGGGGACACAUUCCAUAAUGUAAAGAAUUCCAUGGAGAAAUACUCCUCAACCCACCUAGCUAAAGUAGCCAAUCCUGAAUCAGCUUUAACAGCCAUCAGGCAGAGAUUCCCUGGCAACAUCCAUGAGGUGAAGGACGGUAUUUCCCACCUAGAAAAGGGCAAUAAUAUGUACAUAGUUCAGUUGCCGGGUAGUCGUUCUCCGGGCAAGUCUGCAAGUGAAGCCUUGAAGCAGAAUGAUAUCAUCAUUGGGAAGACCAUGAAACAGCUGUCUAACAAGGCAUUUACAGCAAUCUACACUGCCAAGGAUUCUUCCAAGGUGCGCAGUGAAAGAGAGGCUUUUGGUGGCCGUCAUCUUCUCCAAACUGACCCUGCCAAAUACUUCCUGGCUACAGUUAAGAAAAGUGAAUCUGGUCCAGCUUGUAUCACAGUAUUUGCAAAAAACAUCACAAUAUCAGUGUGGACGCAGAACCCUAAAGUUGUGCAGGUUCUCACAGCCAAUAUGUUGCCACCUGCUUCAGUUACGGGAACAUGUACCGACACAGAAAACAAGAUAAAGCUGGCCUUUAAUGCUGCCCCUACAUUUACAACCUUAGAGAUGGAGUUCACAUUCAAAGGUGGCUUCAAUGGCUGGACAUCCAAUAUGACAUUAAACUAUGCUGGAGGUGGCUUCACAAGUGAUGGAGCAAAGAUGACAGAUGCUGGGAAGAUCCUGAAGGCUGCCACAAAGUUCUCCUACCAUUGUACCAAUCCAAGGGGCAUCAAUCAGACAGAGGGGACAACCAAGGCCGAUGUUGUUUUCCAGGGACUUCAGGUGGAACCAUUUAUGACUGACAAAGAUAGCAAGUUCUCAUACCCCGAUGACUGUGAUGGUUUCUUCAGCAUUGGUAUUUGGAUGGGGCUCAUAACGUCUCUCAUACUCAUCUCGAUCUUAACCUUCGGUUUAGCCAUGAUAAUGAGGCUGGAUACGAUGGACAGAUUUGACGACCCCAAGGGCAAAACUAUAACAGUAAAUGUAUCAGAAUAGAUCAAAUGUUCUGUGAUUAUUGUGAAAAAUAAUAUCACAUGCAUCUAGGUAAUAUCAUAGAGAAUUCCAAUUAUACAUGUAUGAGUUCUGCACUGAAUAUCAAAUCAUUCUCACCUGAAAAUUUACUCAUAUUAGAAUUGAUCAGGGAAAUUUUUACCAUAUUUAUGAAGUCAAAAUUUAAGCUACAUGUAUUUGUAUCAGGCCAAUAUGUGGACAUGAGAAUGAUAAAAAUCGACACCUUUUAUUCUCUCGCUAAUAAUGAUUAGAAAUGUUGUCCAUAUGGACUAAUUGACUGCAAGUCUGUACAUAUUCAAUCAUAUUUAUAGUUUGGACAUUGGUGUCUCAUACAUGUUUAAUUGUAACUUUUACCUCCAUUUCCUUUAUGGGUGGAACAUUAAAACUUCUAUUAUAAAGCAGAUUUU